AUGAGUCCUCGAUAUCGCACAAGUAUACCCACUGACCAGUAUGAGACUAUGUGCAUAGAGCGAGUAGCCGACCUCCCUCCCCGUUCUGAUGGGACCCCGAGGAAUCCCUAUGUGAAAGUGUUUCUUCUGCCAGACAGAAGUGAAAAGUCCAGACGUCAAACGUCCGUCCUGGCUGAAGCAAUUCGACCCGUUUGGAACGAGUCAUUUUACUAUCAGGGAAUCACCGAACCCAUGCUCAUGGAACGAGUGCUGGAGGUAACGCAUCCGGAUCUGAAUAAGCAUAUGUUAUCAGAUAGGGUUACUGUUUGGGACUAUGACAAGUUCGAAGCGAAUUCCUUCCUUGGCGAAACGCUUGUGGAUUUCUCCACUGCGGCUUUGGAUGGGCAAACUGUUACAUUGCCACUUGUAGACAUGGACGAAGAGAACCCUUUGAGGCUUGUACGUGAUCAUUCAGCUAAAAUGAGGCUCAGAAGUCGAAAAAGCAAACAAUACUCAGCGUAUCAAAGACCGCGAAGUGAGAUGAGUUUCCCUUACAAUGACAGAACGCCAGGUGGUAGUGGUGAUCCAUACAUUGAUCCUCGCACUCUUCCUCCUGAAGGACCGAUGCGACGAUCAAAAACAUACGACAAACCAGAUCUCUCUCACUGCAGGAGUACCUCACCCAGAAUGGAUGAGGACUGGUACAUGCAGCCACAUUCCGGGUACCUUUCCGACCAUUGCUACUAUCCCAAUACAAAUCAAAGAAUUAGGCAACGUCGUCCAAGAAGCGCCACAGCUAUGAGGCCGAUGGCACCUGCUGAGAUGGGCGCUUCAAGGGCUUAUUAUAGUAAUCUACCAGAACCACUGUGGAAUGAUGUGGACAUUGCUCAAGAAGGAAGGUUCGUCGGGUGUUAUCACAUCAUUUUACCAAAUACUGUAGCUGUAGCAAGCAUACACAGAGCCAGCGUACUGUGCUAA